AUGGCCAGUCCCGAAGGCAGUGUGACUGUUUCCAACGUCUCAGAUGUUGAAGAAAAUAAUCAAGGACGUGACAACAGCACCGAAGAUGAAAGACUUGUUAAAUCAAGACCCAGGAAUAAUUUUCCGUCUUAUUCAAACGAAAGUGUUGACGUCAGAUUCAGGGGCAUCAGCUCCAGCAGAAAUGACACUGUGUUUGACAAUUUAAUUGAAAAUGUGUCAACCCGUCAAUUCAAUCGACUGAACAAUGCGGAAUUCGAACCAGGAGCGACCAAUUUCUUAUCUGCGAAUUACGAGAGCUUAGAUUACGACACGUGUGAAAAUAGUUUGCUGCAAGAUGAAGAAAGAAAAAAAGGCUACAAGUUUGUAGUAAAGAAAAAUUUUGCAAGGUGGUUUAUAUUUUUGCUGAUUGGAAUUCUGACAGCUUCCAUAGCUUGCUUUGUCGAUAUUUCUAUUGAAGAAUUAUCGAAUUUAAAGUAUGGAGUCUUGAAAAACUAUGUUGAUAGUUGUAUAUCGCAAAACUGCCUAUGGAUGCCAUACCUCAUCUGGUUGGUGAUAAACACUGUGAUAGUUUUAAUUGGCUCCCUCCUGGUGACUUACGUUGAACCAGUAGCAGCUGGCAGCGGAAUUCCGCAGGUAAAAUGCUACCUAAACGGCGUCAAAGUCCCCAGAGUUGUCAGGAUAAAAACGCUGGCUGUAAAAUCCCUCGGAGUGAUCAGUACCGUGGUUGGAGGGCUUGCUGGUGGAAAGGAGGGUCCAAUGAUCCACUCGGGAGCAGUUGUAGCCGCUGGAAUUUCCCAAGGCAAGAGCACGACCUUUAGAAAGGACUUUAAAGUCUUCCAGUACUUUCGGGAAGAUCAUGAGAAGAGAGAUUUUGUAGCUGGCGGAGCUGCAGCUGGAGUUUCUGCAGCUUUUGGAGCUCCCAUUGGUGGAGUUUUGUUCAGUAUUGAAGAAGGAACUAGUUUCUUCAACCAAAGUCUAACAUGGCGAACCUUUUUCGCCAGCAUGAUAUCUACUUUUACUUUAAAUAUCAUCCUCAGCGCUUAUCACGGUCAUCCUGGAGAACUCUCGUACCCAGGACUGCUCAAUUUAGGAAAAUUUGAAACUAUAACCUACCAAGUUUAUGAAAUUCCAUUAUUUAUGAUCGUCGGAGUCUUCGGAGGGCUUAAUGGCGCAUUUUGGAAUUAUAUUAACUACAAAAUAACUGUGUUGAGGCAGAAGUACAUUCGCAGGAGAUGGCUAAAGGUUGUGGAAGCCAUUUCAGUUUCUGUUCUAGCUGCUACGGUCGGCUCGCUGAUGAUUUAUUUUCUAAAUGACUGCAAGCCUUUAGGGAAAGACCCAACUAAGUACCCAGUCCAGAUGUACUGCAAGGAAGGAGAGUACAGUGCUGUUGCUGCUCUUUGGUUUCAAACUCCUGAAAGCACUGUACGGUCUCUGUUUCAUGAUCCCAUAGGCUCGCACAAUGACGAAACUCUCGCUAUGUUUGUGUUCCUCUACUUUAUUUUAGCUGUUCUAACCUUUGGCCUUUCAAUGUCUGCUGGUCUGUUCAUACCUCACCUGCUAAUUGGAUCCGCUUGGGGCAGAUUAAUGGGAUCUGGACUUACUAAACUAUUCCCUGCCUCUGGAUUAUUUGAGCCUGGAAAAUACGCGCUACUUGGAGCUGCUAGUCAGCUGGGAGGCGUUGUCAGGAUGACAAUAAGUCUAACUGCAAUUUUAAUAGAAGCUACUCAGGGAAUUUCGUUUGGUCUCCCAGUUAUUAUUGUAUUAAUGAUGGCCAAGUGGGUUGGAGACUUCUUUACAGAGGGCAUAUACGACAUACACACACAAAUGGCUGGUGUGCCAUUACUUCCGUGGGAAGCACCGGCUUUAUCUAACAACAUUUACGUCAGCGAGAUAAUGAGUCACCCUGUUGUUACUUUAAAAACAACUGAAAAUGUUGGGCAUAUUGUUGCUUUGUUAAAAUGCAACAAAGUAUUCAACGAGUACUGCGAGUUUUGGGAGACGGAUUUUUCAUUAAAAAUAUUCCGCGAUGCAUAUCCAAGAUACCCGAGCAUUGAAGAAGUAAACAUCACAGAGGAAGAAAAGACAUACUCAAUAGAUUUAAGACCUUUUAUGAACCCCUCGCCUUACACUCUUCAACACUCGACAACUCUUCCAAGAGCAUUUAGACUAUUCCGUGGACUGGGACUAAGACACUUGCCCGUGGUGAACGACGAGCACGAGGUAAUUGGGAUGAUCACCCGAAAAGACGUCGCCAGAUACCGGAUUUGGAGGCACCAAGGCCGAAUGGGUCUUGACGAGCUCCGAAUCACCGAUAAAAUAUGA